AUGAGGUGCGCCAGGACUGGUACAUAUAUACUACUCACGUACUUGACGGGCCUGUUCGACUUCAACGGAACUGAGGAGUUCGGCAACGAGACCGACGGUGGUGGUUAUCUGAACGUGACCACCGAGAUGCCUGUCCGGUACGCCCGGCCCAUGUACGGGUUCGUCAUGCCGUUCCUGUUGCUGGUGACCAUCGUGGCCAAUACUCUGAUCGUGGUAGUGCUGUCCAAGCGGCACAUGCGAACGCCCACCAACGUGGUGCUCAUGUCCAUGGCCCUGUCCGACAUGUUCACGCUGCUGUUCCCGGCCCCGUGGCUGUUCUACAUGUACACGCUUGGCAACCACUACAAGCCGCUGUCGCCUGUCGAGUCGUGCUACGCGUGGUACGCUAUGAACGAGGUCAUACCAACGCUGUUUCACACCGCCUCCAUCUGGCUCACGCUCGCCCUGGCCGGUCCAGAGGUAAGUGCGAAACCAUUUAUUGUAAUUUAA